UUGCGUGCGUCACGUUGUGAAUCGAAGACCAGGGACUUGGUCUGAAUGGCUGUCUUUACAGUCACUGGAGGAAGUUUUAACGCACCGAACACCAGAACAAGGCAUGGCUGGGAAGCCUUUCCGGGCCACCUACAUCUGGGGCAGCAUCAUCUCCAAUCUCCACACUCGCGUGCAGGUCAAGCGCCGGCGCCACAACCUGAAGUCCUACCAUGACUGCUUCCUGGGCUCAGAGGCCGUGGACGUGGUGUUGGCGCACAUCACCCUGAACCGUUUCUUUGGUGAUGAGGCAGUGCCCCGCUACAAGGCCGUCCGUCUCUGUCAGGCCCUGAUGGACUCAAGGGUGUUUGAGCCGGUGGGCAUUAAAGUAUUUGGGAAGGAAAAGAAGCGAGCCACGUUUGAGGACAGUAGUUGCAGUCUGUACAGAUUCCUGAGCCCAACGACCAGCUCCUCCACAUCGCUGACCAACGCCAACUCUCACUCCACUAGUACCAUUGAGAGCGGCUAUGACUCACCGAGCAUGAACAGGAACAAGAACAGCUAUAGUCCGUCACGUGAAAGACAAGGGGUGCUGAGUUACUCCACCCACUCUCCUGUAAAAACAGACAAAUCACUGGAGGACGUGCUGGAAAACCUCAACCUGAGCUCCACCAUCACCCCUCAGAUGAUCAACCUCGGCCUCUCGCAAGAGCUUGUGGAUGAGGUGUGGCACCAGCAGGCAGUGUUCAGAUUGUUGCAGUUGAUAGAGCUCCCCCUGUUGGAAAACCUGUUAGAGGGUAAAGAGACAUCACGGCCUCCCCUGCACGGCAUGGACAGUGACCCGGACCUGUUGUAUACAUCAAGCUACCUAGACCGGGAGGUCCUCAAGGCCUUCAGUGAAGCACAGGCUGAUGAGUGGAUGUCAGGGGCAGUGGACUGUCUAGAGUUUCUGCCUGAUCAACUGGUGGUGGAGGUCAGUCGAGGUUUGUCUGCUAGCGCCGACGACCUGCUCCGGUGUAAGAGCCUGCUGUACGAGGUCCUGGCUCAGCAUUACGGACGCACACAACAGCCACCUCUUCUCAGCAAUCACGUUUUCGACAUCCACUCUGGCAUCUCGGAGCUACUCGUGAACGGCAAGCAAGAGCAAGCUCUAGAGACUCUGCAGCUGAGCCUGAAGCUGCAGGACUCUCGCAGCAGGGAGGAGCUGCGCAGACUCCUGAGAUUCAUGGCUGUUGCAGCGAAACCACAGGAGGUCAAACUGCACAAAGAGAUUGAGAACAGAAUGGCGGUGAAAAGGUCUUUCUCCAGCGCCAUCGUCUAUAGCAGAAGACUCUCCAAAGGAAAGGUGGACUUGAUGGUUCUGUUCAUGAUGGACAACCACCGUGAUCUGUUCAAAAUUCCGGUUUCAUUGCACAAGAUGGUCAGUGACAGAAUAACAAAUAUCGUGAAAGGGAAGGAUCCAAAUAUGAUAACAGGAUCAACAUACUGCACAAGAUUGAGUGCUGUGGCCUAUUCAGAAAAUGCACAAAAAACCACUAAAGAGGAACUUUGGUCCUUACUCCGAACAGUCCACGAGAACCCGAAACUAUCCUCCAAAGAAAAGAGGCGGCUGCUGGGACAGUUUUAUAAAGGCCAUCCAGAGAUUUUUGUUCAGUACUUUGGAAAUAGAUUGUCCAGUAUCAACAUGUUGCUACAGUGAUAUUUAUUAACACUUCAUGUAUUAUAAUGUAAAAAGAGGUAGUUGUAAGAAUGAACGUUAAUGUGAUGUAAAUGAUGUGCAGUAUAGUUAGAGGAUUUUACUUGCUAGUUUGUAAAUAAUUUAUACUACUGAACAAGAAUGUGAAUUGAAUUGUAGAGACUUAAUAAGCUGCAAUAUUUAAGGACAUACUGACUUGUCUUAAGUUUAUUAGAUAUUUUCUUUGGUGCAGGACACUAACAUGAAAAGUCCUUGUCAGUUAUAUAUGAGACUGUUAGUUUCCAAGACAAAAAGAACCAAGUGUUCUUGUUUUUUUUAAAUUUUUUUUAUGUUUUCACACUGCAAUGCGUCUUGAUGGCAUUCUGUGUCUGCAGCCAGUAGGGAGAAGUCUGCAUAUAGCUUUUCAAUGGAUGUAUUCAUUUUGCAUGUGCAAUAGGAACAGUAUUAGCAAUAGAAAUGUGUCUGUUCAUGUGGUUUCUCAUACCAUGUGAUGCACAGUAGAGCUAUGUCUGAGGAACGGAAAUUUGAACCUGGAAAUUUGAAAGUCUGAUGUUGUGCUGUAGUAAACAGUCAGAGGCAUUCAUGAGAAUCAGCCCUCUAGGUUUAUUGUGUUUGUUGCAACAAAUCAGCAAAACAGAUGUUUGGGUUUUUGUUUUUUUUUUGGACUGAAAACCGUAGCUACGUUUUAGUGGCAUCUUCAGGGUUCUGUUUUAAAUAAGGUUUAUGGACUCCUUCUAAUCAGCUGAGGAAAUCACUCCCACAUUUCCAGGUGACAAAAGCAUUCCCAGAUGAAGUUCAAACCACACACAUCUUGGCAGUUUUUUGGCUUUAGUUGUCUGACAUUCAUACAUGUACACAAAAUGUGUAGAAUUUGAUAAAAAGAGAACAAAUGACAAGUGGUAUGACAAAGUAGUACUUUGUGUCCAUUCUUAACUUGAUCCCAAUACACGCCUUACACACGGCUUUCUCUGUUAGAAACAUAAUACAGUCCCCUCCUUUUUUAAAACAGAAUGACAUGAGCUAAGGCUUUUACGUUAGAGGUUCCCUGUCGACUUAAAACUUGAGACUAUUUUACAUACUGUCUGCAAAAUAAAAAAAUAAACUGGAA